AUGGUUCAGGACUGCGGCAAACUCAGCAUGAAAGUGAUCGAUCAUUUGCACUUGCACGAGUUUAACGCGACUGAAAAGUCGGAUGAGUACGCCAAGGUUCGAGUGACCGGCUGGCCUCGGUGGCACUAUGGCGUGCUGACCAUGUACUCUGGUCACUUGGCCAUUCCAAGCUGCACCAACGCCACUGGCUUUGACAAGCGAAACGACUUGCUCGACUUUCCCACGUUUUCCAACGACAGCGUUGCCAAUCAUGCCCAUCUUCACGCCUGGCAAGAUUUCAUCUUCUUCUCGAAAUUUCAUUUCCGACGAGGUGAUUACAACCACAUGCAACUGCACGACCUGAACCUGAACAAAGUCAGCGAAUACGCUACCUUUAUGGCUUUAGUCGCCACUAGACGGUACAAGCUGGCCAUAGACAAUCGCUGAUCUUAUAUAGCAUUUUCUGAAUUGACAGAUUGGCAGACAUGGAA